AUGAAGACAUCACAGCCAAGACUAAGCAUAAGAGGAGCUAUUGGACUGGGCUACGCGGCAGUAUGCGCAAUCGUUACAGGAUUGUCAUAUGCCACCUGGAUCCCAUUUGAGAAUGUGUCUAGACGGCCUAAAAGCACAUACAAGUACAUCAUGUUUGGUUUAGGCAGAGCGUUCAUGCGCAAUCUCAGCCGAGAGCACGAAGUGUGGGCUAUGCCUACAACCGACAGUGCCUACGAGACGUGGUGCAAGAAGAAUGCUAUUGUGCCGCGAUCGGACGUGCUCCCGGAUGGUACAAAGGCGCAUUGGCUCGGCUCCAAAGAUGCCGAUACAGUAAUGCUGUUUUUCCCAGGAGGCGGAUACAACCACCCGAUGACGACCGAGCAUGUCUCCUUUCUGAAUGAGCAUCUCACACAGAUCAACGCAAAGGCACCAUCUCCAAGCAGACCCAUUCUUUCUGUUCUUAUCUUAUCUUAUUCUCUCGCCCCCGAGCACCCGUACCCGCGCCAACUCAUACAAGCAACGGAUAUUCUCCAUCAUACAUUGUCGAUACUUGAACUACCACCCUCGCGACUGAUUCUCUGUGGCGAUUCUGCUGGAGGAGGUCUUAUAUUCUGUUUAUUGUCCCAUCUCCUGCAUCCUCAUCCAUCGAACUGCGUGCCGCGCCCACCGAAACUGAAUGUUCCCUUUAAGGGUGUCGCAUUGCUGAGCCCCUGGGUGAACUUAGCCACGACAUCAGAUAGCAUGAGGCGUAAUGCGCGGAAAGACGGGAUCGAGGAUAUCAGUCUGGCGCGCUGGGGAGAUGCAUUCCUCGGAGGCAAGGAACGAGAUGCAUGGAACUGUCCUUCCGUGGCAGAGUCCGGAUGGUGGAAGUCACUGAGUGCUAUCGCACGUAAUGUGUUUAUUGUUGUCGGUGGCGAUGAAGUCAUGCUAGACGAUAUUAACGACAUGUCAGCAGUGUUGGAAUCCGAAUGCGGAGACAUAAUACAGAGCGUGGUGAUUCCCGAUGAGUGCCAUAACAGUCCGUUGGUCGAGAAGCAGUUUUUGAGAUUUGAUGAUGUGGCUAUGGAUACGGAAUAUCAAAUGUGGCUAGAACGGUUGCUUUGGACCUAG